AUGUCAUCCACUGCAGGGGAAAAUCGAAUAUACAUUGCGUCUAUUGGAGCGAUGACGAUUGGGCUGCUUCUCGCCUCAUUUCUUGGUGGAUUCACGACACUCCAGACAGCGUUGUAUUUUGGGUCGCACAAGGGUGAUCAUUGGGCGCACAGACUAUCUAUAGCUUUUCUAUGGAUUCUCGCUGUCGGACAGCUAGCUUUCAUCUUUCACGCAACCUACUUUUACGUGAUAACGAAAGGCAUAAACUUCCCCGACGCUGUCGAGUUGACCUGGAGUCUCAAACUUCAAAUAUUCAUGCAGACUAUCAUCAUGAGCGCGACCAAAGUACUCUAUACAGUUCGUAUUUGGAAUUUGCAAAAGGAUAAAAAGAAGUGGAUUCCCAUCGCAUUAUCGGCUGUACUCGUGGUUGAAUACGGCCUAGGAACCUUUUUCGCAUAUGAAGUUACAACUAUCCCAGACUUGAAGAGCACUCGGUUCAUCGACUUCCGGUAUUCAGUAUUCUUGGCGAUGUCCUUCAAUACUCUCACCGACAUUCUCGUUGCUGCCGCAUUGAUUUAUACGAUUGUCAAGUCUCGGCCAAACCUUGGAUGGACGUAUUCAAGUUGGACAAUGCUCAUGGCGUAUACCAUGAACACGGGAACCAUCACAGGCUUCUUUUCCCUGAUAGUACUAGUCGGGUUCAUAUUCGGAGUUGCCAACCCGCUAUACAUAGUUGCCGAAAUGGUACUGCCCCAACUCUACGUCAACUGUUUCUUAUCGAUGAUCAACUCCAGUUUCUAUUUCCAAACUCAAAGCAGCCUCGACAUAUCCAUCUCCUACCGCUCGCGACGACCAUCCGGAAUCAGCUCUACAUCUCGCUUCCACGGCAACGACCUGGAAAGUCUAUCAAUGCACAGGAUGUCUGAUUCAUUAGGAUCGAUCGAUGACUAUAGUAAAGUCGCACUGGCAACUGGUGAGGGAACGAUUAAUGAGGUUGGGUUACCGCUGUUCGAGAGGAAGGAGAGUAGAAAACCUGAGGUUCCAUUGAAAAAGAUCCCUGUAGAAGUACAGGUACAGACCACAAAAACGGAGUACACCAUCGACAGGCGGAUGUUGUAUAACGCUAUGUAUCAGACUUCUAGCGUUGAUACCGGAAGUCGGUGA